AUUUGUCUUCAACUGUCAGUGUUUGUUUUCGGCAUUUAUUUUUCUUAUGUACUCAUCGCACUUAACUGCCUUCGAAUAAUUUAUUUCUCAUUUGAAAACUUUCUAAUAUUAUGAUACAUAAUGGACGCUGUAUUUGAUAUAUGUUAUUUAGCAACAGAUGGUAACAACAUUGAGCCUGAUGAUAUUCCUAAGACAAAGGAUUACGUUUGGGUCUUGGGUAAAAAAUAUAGUGCUAUUCAGGACUUGGAUCGUAUCAGACGAGACAUAACAUCCAUAAUAUGGUGUACGUAUCGAAAAGGGUUUGUACCUAUAGGAGAUGAAGGACUAACAUCAGAUAAAGGUUGGGGUUGCAUGUUGCGCUGCGGACAAAUGGUCCUUGGAGUAGCCCUCGUCAGAAUACACUUAGCUUCAGAUUGGGUAUGGACACCAGAAACAAGGGAUCCUACUUAUCUGAAAAUAGUUCAAAGAUUUGAAGAAAGAAAACAAGCACCAUACUCAAUCCACCAAGUGGCACUGAUGGGGGCAUCCGAGGGCAAAGAAGUCGGACAGUGGUUUGGCCCAAACACUGUAGCACAAGUUCUGAAGAAAUUGGUGGUGUAUGACAAAUGGAGCUCACUCGUGAUACAUGUGGCUUUAGAUAAUACUGUUGUUACUGAAGACAUAUUACAACAAUGUGUAGUCAAGAAUGACAGAGGGGACUGCUCGAGCUCUCCGGACAGUGUAGUAACCGACUGGAUGCCUUUGUUAUUGAUUGUGCCUCUAAGACUUGGCCUAAGUGAAAUAAACCCAGUUUACAUUGAAGGACUGAAGAUAUGCUUCCAAUCACCACAGUCUAUUGGUGUGAUAGGUGGCAAACCCAACCAAGCUCUGUACCUGAUAGGAUGUGUGGCAGAUGAAGUGAUAUACUUAGACCCACACACUACCCAGCGCUCAGGACUAGUUGAAACCAAAAUUACUGAUGACCAAAAAGAGAUGGACUGCUCUUACCACUGCAAAUAUGCAUCGCGUAUCCCAAUACUUGCAAUGGACCCUUCAGUGGCUGUGUGUUUCCUGUGUAGAACAAGAAGUGACUUUGAUGAAUUGUGUGCCACAAUACAGCAAAAGCUGAUGAAGGAGACUCAACCCCUUUUCGAAAUAUGUGAGAAGAGGCCGGCACACUGGGGCCCCAGCACUGCUGAUAUAGAUUUACAAAACACGAGCCUAUUUACUGAAUUUGAAGAUGUGGACCGUCAAUUUGAUGAUUCAGAUGAAGAAUUUGAAAUUCUAUGAGAGGAGUCUGAUAUACACGUAGAAGAAUAUAAUACUUGGAGUUUUACAACAAUAAAAUCACAAGGACUUGAUAUUACUAUGGUAGAGUAAUAAUAGGCUAGUUAUAUUGUCGCCAUCUAGCGUAAGCUUUUUAAGUUUUUAUAAACUUAGCUUAGUUCCCAGAAAGCCGCAUAAUUUAUUUGUAAUAAACGAAUUCAUAAUUAUUUUUUGUGCCUACACGUUAUGAAGUUUGGAUUAACGUAUUGCAGUGCCUUGAAAUUUUUCUCUGUAAAAUAUUUCAAACUUGUCAUAUGAACUGCCAUUCCUUGAAAAGUUGAAACAUUUAUUUUAUAGAACGCAUUUCAAUGAGGUAAGGUAAACUUUACAGUCCACCCCGCCUCCCCCACUCUUAAUGAUCCCUUCAACAUUAUUUUAAGUGGACGUUCAGACGAGACAAUCAAAUUGACAAUUUCAUCAGAAAUUAAAUUGGCGUCAAUCUCGUCAAGCACACGUAUAUAGGGUACACGAUUUAAUCACCAAUUUUAGAUUUACGUGCACAUUCGAGCGCUCUAAAUUUUAAUAUUACCUCAUACGCGCAUAGUGUCGAAAAUUGGUAUUCUUGCGUCCGCACCUUCAUUUGAUCAGUUAUAAGUUAUAAUCUUAUAUACAAUCGAAUCAUGUGGGAUCGACAAACCAAUCCCAUUUUUGCGUCCACACUACCUGAUUAAGUUGACAAAUUAAUCAGAUUGUGUAAAAAAAUUACCCGUCUGAACACCGCUUAAGGCUAAAGUGGUUACUUUCCUGCAAAAUAGGGGCCAAUGCCUUCUUUAAAGGCUCC